AUGGGGAGCCGGCGGAUUCGAGUCAAGCUAACCCGCCGCACAGGAAGCACACCCAAGGGCUAUGCCGAUAUUGAAGAUGAGCCGAUGCCCGACGUCGAGGCAGACGCGGGCGCGAAUGCUUCUGCCGACGAAAAGGACGAGGACGUCGAUGACAACGAGGCCAGGGAAGAGGAAUCUGGAGAUGACGAUGAAGAGGCCGCGGAUAAGGACGACGAUGGCGACGAAGAGGACGAAUCAGAGGGGUCCGCAAAGGAGCCAACGCCGCCUCCACAGCCCGUGAUUCGUCGAAAGCGACUGGGACGGCCCCCCAAGAACCGGCCGCCCGACUGGGACAACAUGGUAACCGUCACCAAGGAGGAGGCCGAUACGCCACGCCGGAGAGGUCGCGGAGGAUGGAGAGGGCGAGGCGGUCGCAAGGGAGGCCCUGCGGCGCCCAAGAUGGAGCAAGUGAUUGAUGCUGAGGGCACCGUGGCCGACAUUGCCGACGACGAAUGCGUCCUUCCCGAGGACCCUGAAGGCGAGACCAAGGUUGACAAGAUGGGCAACCUGCUAGGUGGGCGCGACUACAGGUGCCGAACGUUCAAGGUGCUUGGCCGAGGCAAUCGAAUGUACAUGUUGUCAACUGAGCCGGCUCGGUGUGUUGGCUUCAGGGACAGCUAUCUCUUCUUCACGAAGCACCGCAAGCUUUACAAGAUUAUUGUGGACGACGAGGAGAAGCGCGACAUGAUUGAGCGAGACAUCAUCCCCCACUCGUACAAGGGCCGGUCAAUAGGAAUCGUCACGGCUCGGUCGGUGUUUCGGGAAUUUGGAUCCAGGAUCGUCGUCGGGGGUAAACGCAUCAUCGACGACUACGCCGUCACGCUGGCUCGCGAAGAGGGUGCCGUCGAGGGGCAGCUGGCCGACCCCGACGAUCAUUUCGUGGCAGGGGAGCCAUACAACAAGAACCAGUACGUUGCAUGGCACGGUGCCAGCGCCGUAUACCACACCAAUGCGCCUACGGUGCCGGUGCCCACCGGCAAGAUCGAGUCCAAGAAGCGCAAGGUCAACGUCAACGACACAAACUGGAUGCUGGAGCACGCACGAGAGGCAAGCGCAUUCAACGCAGGCAUCAAUGCCAUCAGAAAGCUGAACAACGCCGGCGUCUACGACAUCCAUACGAAUAUCAUGCAGUAUCCGGCUUCAAUGCAGCCAACGCUCGCGCGCAUCGAGCAAGUAGCGCCGCAGGACGAAGAAGCCGCCAGAGGCCAUGCCAUGUUCCCCCCUGUCCCUCUCAAGAUGAGCAGGAACUUUUCCGUCAUUGACACCUACUUUGAGACACCGGCGGCUGGAGGAGCUCUGGCAGCAGUUGAAACGUCGGAUCCGGCAGAUUUUGUCUCGCAGUUCAACGGGCUGAGCGCCGUGUCGGACGAUAUUAGGGAUCUGCUACCGCCAGAAUGUCGAGAGGCAUUCAACAAGGCGGUGCAGAGAGAGGAGGGCUGGAGAUCACGCUGGGGCUCCGAGGCUACACACAUGGCGCGAAAGGACCCAGUAAUCGACAAGGCCAUUGUUCCAUACAACAUGACCGGGUAA